AAAACAAAGACACCAUUUCCUGUUUCUCUCCCUCUCUCUGUACAGAAACUGCAAAACCAGGAGGAAAAACAAGCUCCGGAAAUCUCCAGAAUUCAGUUGUACAAUCUCAACCCGUUUUGAGGUGGUUGCGGCGAGGAGGUCGGAGAGGCGGUACCGUCCAUCGGUUGCGUCGGUUUUUUCUCAGUGCCGCGUGCACAGAUGGCAUAAUGUGGCCGGAAAACAGAAUGGUUUCCACAAUUGAGUUGUGUGUCUCGGAUGAUCUGAAUAUGGUUGGGAUCCGGCAAAAUCCGGAGGUUUAUUACAUAUCGGAAAUUUAGUAACGGCGUUUUGUGGAAUCGUGAAAUUCAGAGAAAUGUCUGAAUUGGUCGCUCGCACCGGUCGUCAUCAGCAGCGGUAUGAAGCCGGUUGCCGCCUCGUCGCCGGGUGUAUUCCUUUUAGGUAUAGUUUUGUUGAAAAUGAUGAUGGCACAUCUAAGAAAGUUGUUGAGGUUCUAAUGAUCAAUUCAACUGCUGGACCUGGUCUUGUAUUUCCUAAGGGAGGGUGGGAAAAAGAUGAAUCUGUUGAGGAGGCAGCAACUCGGGAAGCUUUAGAAGAAGCUGGUGUUCGAGGUGAUAUGAAGCAUUUUUUGGGGCAUUACGUCUUCAAGAGCAAGACCCAACAAGACGAUGGCCCGGAGGGCUUGUGCAAAGCUGCUAUGUUUGCUCUGCAUGUAAAGGAGGAGCUUGUAUCUUGGCCUGAACAGAGUACUCGCCAGAGAAGUUGGCUGACAAUCCCAGAAGCCGGGGAGUGUUGCCGACAUCUAUGGAUGAAAGAUGCCCUGGUGGAAGGCUUCUCGAAAUGGCAUGCAGGGCAAAUGAUAAGCUCUCCAAAGGGAGAGAAUGAUGUACUUUCAUCUGCUUCUUCCCCAGAUGUCCCCAGAGGGGCAUUAACUACAUCUGGGGAUGCUUCGAAAGCGCCGGUCUCAAUCUGACUUAGGCGACAAUUUUUCUCUCUUUGACUCAUCUGCUCUGCUUGUGAAGACAAUUUGCAUUCUCUGUUCGUUGAAAUUCAGCAUUUAUUUUCUCCUUUCGUUGUUUUUCCUUUUCGUUUUGCAUCAUCUCAUGUUACAAACAAAACUUGUUUAAAAUU